UUCUAUUUCCGUUGCACUUACUUCUGUUUUUUUCUUACAUUUCCUCUUUCAGAUGUCGGCAGGUUCCAUAUGUGUUUGACUGUGUUGUUUGUGCGUCUGUGUGCACUUCCUGCUCUUUGACAGUGCUGUGAUAGGAAUAUCCUCCUACUGGGCCAGCUAAUGGUAAAGCCUGACCCUCCUUUCCUCUCUCUCCAAGCUGAGAGACUGUUUCACGGCACACCUCACAUUUCUGGCUCCUUACGUUCUGCACAGAAGUUGCCAGAUGUGAUAGCGGCUGAAGAAAGAGUGAGUAAGAGCUGAGGUGGGCGUGUGGAGCCUCUUGACCCUCUCUCGCCCACUCUCUCCCGAGUCUCCCCCUCUCCGCUGCAGCUACAGGGGGCUAUGGAUGGACUGCGUUUACCUCCACUCAUCGAGGAGGCUCUGGACUCUACAGAUGACCCGUGCGAUCUGAAAGCAGAGUGCAGCCCCACCAUGGACAACCAGAUAACAGCGAAGGAGAGAGGCAUCCUGCAGGAGAACAACGAGAAGGAGGCGAUGGACCAGGAAGAGGAAGAGAAGAAGCUGAAGGAGCAGGAAGGCGAAGGGGAGGAGAAGAUGAACAAGGAGCAGGAGCCGCUGACGGAGGAGCAGGAGCUGGAGGAGCUGAGGGCCCAGGUGCUGCAGCUGCUGCUGGAGCUGGACGACGCCAGAGAAACCUCCAACCAACACCAGGAGAGCUUCCACGAGCUGCAAGAUCUGUUGGAGGACGAGCGUCUGACCAGCGCCCAUCAGGCUGAAGCCUUCACCCGCCAGAUCCAGAAUCUGCAAGCCCAGCUGCGCUCUGUGCAGGAGGAGAUGGACAGCCUGGAGGAGGAGAAGGAGAGCGAGCUGGCCGAGGCCCAGGAGGAGCUGCGAGUCGCUCAGGAGGAGGUGAUCCUGCUGCAGCAGACGGCGGACGAGGCGGCGGCAGAGAGGGAGUUCGACAUCGCCUCGCUGCAGGAGGAGCUGUGCCGCCGGCGGGCCGAGCUGCAGCGCCUCAGCGAGGAGACGCAGGAGUACGAGCUGGAGAUCACCACGCUGAGGGCCGAGAUCAGCAUGAAGAGCCAGCGUAGGGUGGCCGAGAGGAGAGAGGGUGACGUGGACCUGCUGAAGGAGGAGUGCCGCACGCUGAAGGAGGAGUGUGAGACCCUGAAGGAGGACAACAGGCGUCUCACGGAGAGGCUGCAGCUGCUGCAGAGACAGAGGACAUGCUCCAGCGUCUACCUGUCUCUGAAGGAGGAAGACGGAGAGGAGGGCUCAGAGGGGAAGGAUAUGCAGACCGGCUGCGAUGAGGUCAUGACGGAGAGCUACAUGACCAUGGCCCAGUCUGGGAACUGUCGCCUGGUGGACGCCUCCAUCCAGAAGAACAUUUCUUUUGAUGGGAAGCCCGCGACACAGAGCAGCUGGAACGGGGGCAUCGGGGAGAUCUUCUCCCUGAGGGAGCAGCUCAAACAGGCGGAGGAGAAGGCCUCACAGGUCCAGAGAGAGUGUGACGGGCUGAAGACGGAGCUCCAGGAGCUGCAGGUUAUGUACGACAGCAGUCAGAGGGAGCGCACCGAGCUGGAGGAGGAGCUGCAGCGCUGCAAGGCUGAGCUGCAGAAGCUAGGGGGGGCUCAGAGAUUCAUCCAUCCGUCUGAGCACCCUGUUCUCUCCAUCCCCUUCAUAGGAAUGAUUGUAAUAUUGGCUGUGGUCUGGUGCUGGUUGUCGGAGCUGGCGUCCCAGAGGGCAAGGAAAAAUAUCUCAAAACCUGAGCAUGGCAUCUGCAUGGCUCGAUACUGCCAGACUUUGUAUGCUAAACUACGCUAAUCCCCUCCUGUCCCCAGUUCCAGAGAAUGGGGAGUGAGGUAGGUUGGAACUCCAUUUUGACUAUCACUGCGGCCACAGCAGUGCUGCUGAUGAUGACUCGCUUGUUGAGAGCUCUCGUCCGAUGUUGAUUGGAUGGGCAACAUCUGCACAGCGACAGACGUCUGCUUCAGUCCAGCUCUCUCCUGCCGCGUCUGUACACUGAACUGGAAUUCUCUAAAAGUGAGCUGACAGCCGUGUAGUAGAAAAGGUUGUCGCUAAUAGGAAGAUACAUGCACUGAGAACGAUGCACUCAGUCUCAUUUGAGGUUGAGGACGAUGAAGAGUUGACCUGCAGAGAGCCAACAGAGGACUGAUCUCACUCCACUAAAUGUUGUGCUUUGUCUCUCCUCCUCUGUGUCUGUGAAUAUUAUGUUUCUCUCCUUUUAGCUAACAAUGUGAUAAAAAUGAAGGUUUUGAUUUUUAACGUGCACCAAGUGGUUUUGGGUUUAUUUAUCCAUUAUUUAUUUAUUUGUUUGUUUGGAUAUUGUUCAUAGAUGUCGCUGAUAAUAAUGAAGAACAUGGAGUAUAGGCAUUUGAUGCACUGAAAUCCCUGAAAUGUACAUACAGUAUGCCCUUUAAAUGUUAAUACAAAGAGCAGUUUGACAUUUUAUGUGAACGAUUUGACUUAAAAUGGUUGCCUUCCUUUGAAUAAAUUCUGCUUCUGGAUUGAAUGUCGCAAAAUCUGCAUGAUUUAACAACAUGCCAACAUUACCAACUAUUCUGCCACCAUUAUUCUGCCAAACUUAACUUUGGAAUAUCAAAUUGAUGUCUUUCGAUUGCUAAGACAAAUGAUAUGCAGUUACAAUGAGAACAAUUGUAAACAACUGUCAAUCCAAGCCCAGAGCAGCGAGCUCUUCUUCACAUUAUUGUUAUUCUUAUUUCUCCAGGCUCGGUCACUUCCUGUCUUGUGUCUGACUUCCACUUUCCUAUUUAAUUAUCAAUUUAACCGAGACGCCAGAAAGUCUGCAAAAGUUUCUGAUUCAUCUCACCUGCCCACAGCUUGAUUUGAAUUUCAGUUAUCUUACGCCCACAGCUACAUUGUUACACUUACAAAAUGUUCGCUGUAGUUUUUCUAUGUGCUAUUAAAGAUAUCCCAGCAACUUUGGGAGCGAAUCUUAGGAGGCUCAAGCUAUAAUAUUGUUAUAUUUUUGAUCAUUUCAAUGUGGAGAAAUAAGCUUUUGUUCCUCUCCAGCAGGAAAUGGCUAGUGAAUUGUUAUUUAGAUUUAUGGGGAUCGCAGGUUGUUCCAGGUACUCGGUGUAAAAUGUCCGCCAGCAUCUCCUUGUUUACUGACGACAUACUUUAUGUAACAAACUGCAGAACAGAUAAACACCAGUGGACAUUCGGCUACACUUAAAUUGAUCUACUGUUGUGACUGAGGUGACGAUUGGUGUUAGUUGUGAGGGCAUUUUAGCAAUUAAUAUGGUUACAAAAUAUUUAAAUAGGAAGUUGUCAGGACAUGUUUGUUAAGGCAGUCAAUACAAAACAUAAAUAUGUAUAUGUGGAAGGACUCUGAUUAUUGUUUAUAUUUGUGAAACGUAUUUUUUUGGUGAAAAUAAUUAAGGUUUAAAAAAAGCAUGCUAGAAAACAUUUAGAAGCACAAUAUAUCAUUUAAGUUACUUUGUAUUCCAUGUAAAUAGUUAUGACAUAAAGUACUAUGGGAGAGAUAUUUCUUAAAUCCAUUUGUACUCGCUUUGUAGAAAGUGAAUUCUAUUUUGAAAGAGCUUCGUAUAUUUGAUAGCCAUAUUAUAUGCUGUGUAAAUGUUUAGUUAUGGUGACGUUAUUCAGAACUGCUUUCAUUACUAAUCUUUUUCAGUACCUCUUUGUUGAAAGGUUGUGUAGUCAUUGCAUGCAUUUCAAUUGCAUUUUACCUUAGUUGCUUGAAAGACCAAUUUAAUUCAGAAAUGAAUUAAAAGUCUUUGCUGACACAUUUGUCAUUAAACAAACUCCUGAUAAGCAAUGCCUGAGCAAUUGUAUUUCUAUUUAGGAAAAUGAACAAAGGUAAAGAUGAGCCACUGGACUGCAAAUGCUUCACUGUCUAUUCAAAAAUAUAUCAGCAAUAUAAAUUAAAUUCCCAUUGACUGCAAUGGUACAUGUUAUAAUUAUUUUCAUGAUUUCCUGAAUAUUAUCUUUAUCAUAGUUUCACAAGCUUCUAUAUUGCACUGUGUUUCUCAGCUUGUUGCUUUACAUAUUGUGGUUUUCAAUAUAGUUUGUGGCUAUUUUGUUACAUCGAGGUCUAUUUUGUACUGUAAUGACUUGAGAAAAUAAAUAUAACUCCCCCA